GUAUAAUUAAAAAAAGUUCUUUUAACAAGUUCCAAAAAAUUGCAACUCGAUAUCAACGAUGACGCUAGGCUACAAAUUCACGAUUUUUUUAAUUUUCACCAUUGUGUAUCUGGCAAAGACUCAACAUAAAGAAAAUACUCCUCCUUAUGAUUUCAAGUCUAAUGCUCAUUGGACAAUAGUAAAAAAUGUGACACCAUCGACACCCAUACAGAUUAUUUCCGCUCCUAUUAUCUCAACAUUCCCCUCAAAUUCAUGCUCUCUUCAUAGUCAUGUCUUCAGGUUUUCUAAUGUGGGUCUUAAAAAAAUUGGUCGAGACUUUAUUAACAGCAAUGAUGUUAUUAGUCUUAUCCUUGAUAACAAUGACAUAGACGAUAUUUCAUCAUUUGCUUUUCGCAAGAUGCAGAACUUGAGAUAUUUGGAUCUCUCUGGAAAUAACAUUCCAAAAGAGAAGCUAUUGUUGUUGCCAAGAAGCGCCAAUCUGCAGACAUUGAUUAUCGACAACAAUCGAGAUUCUCAUAAUCCCAUUACGGCGACCCUGAAGGAAUAUGAAGUUUUUCAGAAUUUGAAACAUCUACACUUGUCCAAUGGUCAAUUAGGGAAUUUUCAAAUUCCUUUUUAUUUGGCAACACCUAUUUUGACUCACUUACAUCUGAACAAUAACAGCAUCUAUUCUAGUAAUGCUGUUUUCGAAAAUAUUCCGGCAACAUUGACUCAUCUUCAUCUAAACAAAAACGUUAUCAAUCAAGUCAAACAAAAUAAAUUGAGGCAUCUGCAAGAACUCAAUAUGGAUGACAACGUCAUCACCCAAGUGUGUUUGGAGGAAUGUCAAGACAAAUCUAUAUCCUUGAAAGGUGCUGCCGAAAUGCAGUAUCUGUCUUUAGCCAAGAAUCUGAUCUCAGAGAUAUCAUCCGAUGCCUUUAGUGACACAAGUCGUCUGCUAAAGCUAGAUCUAUCAGGCAACGAGAUCGCUGAUAUAGCCAAAGGCACGUUUAAUGAAACUAUGAUGAUAAGUAAUCUUUCUUUGGCUGAUAAUGUCCUCGUUGUUGUACCGGAUGUCUGCUCGAUCUUCUACCUAAAGAAUCUGGAUCUGUCUGGAAAUCGCAUCAGCGCAGUAUUCUCUGGCAGUUUCUGCGUUAAUUUGAGGACUCUCGAGUAUUUACAUCUGUCAAACAAUGUUAUAACCACUAUUGAAACCCGAGCUUUCCGCAAUCUCCAAAGUUUGAAGUAUCUCGACCUUUCCGGAAAUCGCCUCAAGCAGCUUCCAGUACAUUGGAUAUAUCCGUGGAUCCAAGAAUUGCAUCUUGAACGAAAUAAUUUCACCGACUUGAACAGCAUAUCGUUGAUUAACAUUAAGGAGCUAAAAAACAUUUAUCUUGAUGAAAAUCCCAUGCCAUUAUUGACAGCAAGAUCUUUUCACUUACUUCCAGGACAUUUAAGAAUACAUUUAAGAAAUAUGCGUAUUGAAGAUAAAUGUGCACAAUGUACAUGUGAGAAUGAUGACAAUGAUGAUGAAAAGAAUGCAGAUGAAGAUUAUGACAAUAAGAACGAUGAUAAUGAUAGUGACACUUUCGAGUAA